AAAUGCACAAAUUCCGUGUUGAAGAUAAAUAAAUACGCACACACGAAAGUUAUUUUCCAUCUUUCGGUAGAGUUUGCGUCGGGAAAAUUGAUACGAUCGCCCGCGUUGGUGGUGAUUGCGGGAAAAGUGUUACCAAACAAUGGUAACAGCACAACAGUAACGCAUAUUGCGCGUGUGGUGCAAAAGGUGACAAAUUCCGUUCCGUGUCCGCGAAACAAAGAAACGAUCACCAUCACAACACAGCAGACCGUAUGGGUCGCGCGGGGCUGGUAAGGGGGCUGUUUUUAUUACGGGAACGGGUAGAGCGCGUAUCAAAAGAAGAGAAAAAAAAGAGUACACAAUCAUAGAAACUACGAGAUAGAGCGGCCGCUAAUGUUUGCUGUUGUGCUGCUGGGGUUUGCCUUAAGGUUGCCGUAACCAGUUAUACACGUUCGUGCCGAUCUAUUCGCGACCCGUACACCGUUGUUUCUGUUGUGUGACUGUGCGUGUGUGUACGAUGUCUAGUGUGUUUUCGUUGCCUGUCACAAAUGGCACAGUAUGAGCGGAACGCAGGCCAGUGCUGCAUCCAAAUAAUUGUCCGGGAAUCGGCACAAAACGCCGGGAAUGCAGUGGGCAUAAUGUGCGUGGUAUCAACAUGCAGUUCCGAGCUGUCCUUACUGUGAGCAAUACCGUGUAAGCUGUUUGUUUCCUGUUGUUUAAAGUGCUACUUGAAUGUGGUCCAAGGUUUUCGAUUGUUUUGGAGCAAAGAAAAGGUGAAAAGAGUGAACGCAUCGUUCGGAAUUGUAGUGUGUAAUUAAACAUAAUGGAAAAGUGUGUUUCACCCGACAAACGGUGGCUAGAUAUCGAACGUCAGUGGUAUUUUGCUACCAUGGUGGCAGCAAUCAAAGCAACCGGAGUGUGACAUGCUUACGUAUAGCAAUAUUUACUGAUCACUUCCUCUGGUUAGUCAUGUUUAUGAUUCUUUAAAACAAAAAAACCUGCCUAACUGCGUGUGUGUGUGUGUGUGUGUGCUUUGGCCAAGAAUUGUUCCCAGUACGGGAAUGUGGGCACGCACUUUCCGACUAUCAAACAAUACUACCGUGUCCCAUUAUCAACAAACGACUGUGUGACUGUUUCUGCUGCUGUAUGUGCAUCUGCUGAUAGAGGCAACGGCAACAACAGCAUCGAACAACGCAAACAACGGAGAGCAGAAAGCAAGCAAGCAAAAAAAACGUCGUACAACACACUCAUACACACGCGCCUGACUUGGUCUGGUUCCGGAGAAGUUGUGCGAAGUAUCAGCGAAGAAGAGUCGGACCCCCGAACACAUGAAACCACGGAAAGAAGUAUCCAACGCUAAUCACACUCGAAUGCAAAACUAGGAUAUGAGUAAAAACAAGCUGGACGAUUCCUGCCGGACGAGUUUAUCAUUGAAAAAGUGGAAGUGCUACGAUAGCUCGACUCAAGAUUGACUAAAUAAAAAAAUAAAAUAAAUAAAGAAACUGAAGCAAAGCAACCAACCGAGUGGCGCAGUCGUGGAAGUCAAUCACCAGACGAGGAAGUUCUGCUGGUGUGUCGGUGGCCGGUUGCCGGAAUGAACGAAUCCCGCCGAAGCCUUGUUCCUACUGUAGGUGUUGAAUCGCGUGGGCAUUCUGGUGCAACAUUGGUGUCGUCGAUUGGUUCGAGUGCGGGCAUUAAAAAUGGAACCGAUGCAAUGCUGAUCCAAGGUGACAAGAGCACACCAUCGGGAAGGAGCGGUACCAGUGGAACCACCUUCAGUCCCACGGGUGUUGGUACCGAUCAUCAGCCCGGUUCGAUUGCGAGCUACGAUUCCGAUGGCGAAGACCCAUCGACUGGUAACACGAACGACGAUAGAAAGGAUCCGAGCACGAAUUUGAAAGACCUCAACGAUAACAGCUCUUCCAGAAAUGGACGCGAAGCGCGCAACCGGGCGGAGAAAAAUCGGCGCGACAAGCUUAAUGGAUCGAUACAGGAACUGUCCGCGAUGGUCCCACACGUGGCGGAAUCACCCCGGCGUGUGGACAAAACGGCCGUGCUGCGAUUUUCAGCCCACGGUUUGCGGGUGGACUACGUGUUCGGCAAAUCCAAACCGGAUGAAACGGUCAAACCGGAAGCACAGGACUCACUGUUUCGUAUGCUGAAUGGGUUUUUGCUAACGGUGACAUGCCGAGGACAGAUCGUGUUGGUUUCACCAUCGGUGGAACAAUUUUUGGGACAUUGUCAGACUGAUCUUUACGGACAAAAUCUAUUUAACUUAACCCACCCGGAUGACCAUGCGCUGCUCAAACAACAGCUGAUACCGUCGAACUUGGUCAACAUGUUUGACAACGGGCCCGGAACAAGCAGCAGCAAUUCUGGUGGCACGCCUGCCUUGCUCAGUCCAACCGACGGGGCAACCGCUAACGGUACAGAUAGCGGUGAGUUCCAGCGAACCCAUGAUGAGGAGGAAGAUAUUGACAAAAAGCUGCGACUGGAUCAUCGCCGAUUCUCCAUCAGGAUGGCCCGUGCUGGACCACGAUCCGAGUCAACGACUUACGAGCUUGUUACGAUCAAUGGAAGCUUUCGGCGGGCGGACGCAGCACCCCGGGGUACCACGAAACCAGGUGGUACGUCCGGUAUGCAGAUGAUACGGAGAGCCCGUGGCCGCGACGAUGCUAUGCCGUUGCAUAGCAUCAAUGGGAACGAUAUCGUUCUAAUUGGUUUAGCGCGAGUGAUGAAAAUGCCAUCUAUCUGUGAUCGAUUGAUUGAGGCUUGCAAAUAUGAGUACAAAACACGCCACCUGAUCGACGGGCGAAUAGUGCAAUGCGAUCAGCGUAUAUCGAUAGUAGCCGGCUAUCUGACCGACGAAGUGUCCGGCCUGUCCCCGUUCACCUUUAUGCAUCGCGAUGACGUCCGAUGGGUGAUAGUAGCGUUACGGCAAAUGUAUGACUAUAAUCAAAAUGGUGAAUCCUGCUACCGACUGAUGUCGCGUACCGGGGACUUUAUCUAUCUAAAAACGCGCGGCUAUCUGGAGGUGGAUAGCGAUACCAAAGUGGUGCAGUCGUUCGUCUGCAUCAACACGCUCGUUUCGGAGGAAGAAGGACAACGGUUGGUGCGGGAAAUGAAGCGCAAAUUUUCCGUCAUCGUGGACAAGGUGGAACUGCCGGAUGAGAGUGGCGAACCGGUGGUGGAAAAUCCGAAACAGAUCGAGGAAGCCGUCCUAAAUCUGAUCACCAACCUGCAGCCGGACAGUGAGGAUAAGCUGCUAAAUACGAUGCCCGCCUCACCGGCGAGUAGCAUCAAGUCGGGUUUCGGCGAAGGUGCACCGUUGGCGAUCGUUGCGCCGGAGAAAAAUUCCGUCAAGUCAGCGAUUGUGAAGAGCAUCAAUGUGGUGUCUAUUGCCGCUAAAACGAUGCGCGAAACUCGCUGCUCGUCGGUGUCGGGCGAAUGGUCACCGAUGGAUGGUGAUCAGCAGAACAGCAAUGGAAGCAGCAGUACCAGCACUACCGGUGUUGCAAGUCCUUGUGCGUUAGGGACGGAUAGAGGUGGCUCGUCGAGUGAACCGAUUUCAUCGCCGCCACCUCCGUCGCUGUCGCCUGCAGUGAGCGUUUCUACGGCACACACCCAAAGGCCCACGGUUUUGCAAAAAACCGAUCCAACCAUUCAGCUAAUGGAGGAAGGGGCAGGUGGAGCAAACGUAGAACAACGCGUUCCACCUUUGCCGAGUUCCGAACAUUACUUUACGCAACCGUUUUCACCGUCGAGUAGCGGAGGAACCGUACCGGUAUCGCUUCUAUCGCCGGCCUCGUCACAUUACAGUCAGCGAAAUUCCCGUAGUCCGUACGGUGGUUGUGGCGGUGGUAUCGCAUCCCCUCCUGCGGCGCUACAUUCAGGCAGUGGUGGAGGCUUGCUGAAUCGGAGCACGUCCGUGCUGAAGCGGACGUACAGUAACAGUAGCAUCAGCAGUCUUAAUUCCUUAGAUACUUUUGGGGAUGGUGAUGUUGGUACUGGUGACAGCAAGCGAACUAGAAUGAAUUUGGCAAACACCGAUUUGGUCAAUUGCUUCAGCGAUCUAAUUAAUCCUGGCACAGAUCUUACUUCUUUGCUACCGAACUCUUUCGAUGCGCUUGAUCAAUCGUUACUAACGAUGGAAACAACAACAACCUUCAUCCGAGAUCGAGUAAGCAACUACUCAAAUCUACACGAAUCGCAGGAUCGUCUGGAAAGGAUAGUGGAAGAACAUCAGGAACAGCGGGAAAUGUUACAGUCAAUUCAGGAAGAGUAUCAACUGCAAAUGCAAUCCAACGGGACAGGUGAUGCAAUAGGGGCCGUAGCUGUACAUAAUGAGGCCAGUGGCGGUGGUUUGGCAACGAACACAACAGCCGCCUCACAUUUGUUUGGUAGUGCCGAUGGAAUGCUGUGCAAUUCCCUAACCGAGGGUCCGCUCGCACGGCGAAGAGUCAGCACGAUUACCACCACCACGACAACGACGUCAAUGAUGCCUUCCGUCAUAACAUCUACCGUUGUUCAGCGGACGCCAAACGGUGGCAAUGUACGAUCCGAAAAGGAUGCGGGAAGUUAAUAGCUGUCAAUCAAAACAUUCUAUUCACUCUUUGUUCCUUUCCGUUGUUUGAUCAGCAAUCAACGUUGGUGUGUUAAUGUCAUGCCAUGAAUAAUUUAGGUUAGAUUGUUUUGGUUUUGAUACUUCCGUUCCAUCUUUUUAAAAAGUUGUCUUUUGAAUCGGUAAUGAACAAUCACGAAGAACGUUUUACACGCAUUUUGCUUGUACUCAUGUUUUGGUGAUUGUUCUUAGAGGGGCGAACCGAUCGAUUCAGUCACGUUUAAAUUCCACAGCGUUGUGUUGGGCGUUCUAUGAGGAUCGUUUACCGAUUGCUCUAUUGAUCUUUCUUCUUGUUUGAGAGUCACAGUCAGAUAAAUGAAGCAGAAAAAAGAAAUGAACUGUAUAAACGAUGCAUGUAGCAGAUGGUGGAAAGAUAUCGAUGAGAUAAAAAAGGGAUAAACAUUCCCAUACAGCAGGGAUGUUUAUAAAGUCAACGAAUUGAUCAUACGAAUGUGUUAGAACGUUAACGAAAAACCCCUAACCUUUCUGCUAUGAAUGUAUAUAUUUUUACAUAUAUAUUUACAUGAUUGGGAAGUGAUGAUUAUAAAGUAUUCUCGUACACGGUAGUGAAUAGAACUCUUCCGUUACUGAUCCACCAUUCGGAAGAUUUUUUUGUUGUUGUGACGAAAUCCAAAUAAUGAUAGUAAAUAUGUUGCGUAUGUUUCUUCAACUUUAUUGUACCACGCGUAGUUUAGCUACUGUUUUGUUGUAGGCUAGGCAUUGGAAAGAGUCAUUGUGUGAAAAGAAGAAACGAACAAGAUUUCCUAAUUUCUAUUGUUUUCACAUUCAAAGAAAGAGUCGUACAAUGUACUUUGUUUUGUUACAUAUGAAAGGUAAAAUCUAAAAAAACUCUAAGUAGGGUGUAAUAAGUUUAACAAGUCUCAUAAUUGUAAUUUAUCCAACGGACAACGCUUUACGCAUGUUCGGCACAUGGGAAAAAGGGGGGGUGACAGAAAGCGAAUAAUCGUUUUCUAAGACAAAUGAUAUAUUUUUAUUGCUUUGUUUUAAGAAGAGAACUAAAAAAAAGCGAAAAGCAAGAGAGCUUGACGAGUAUGGAUAGAUAAAACAGAUGUUUAAAGAAUGGUUAAUUUUGUUGAUGUUAGUUCGCUUCUUAAGUGAAACGACAAUGUUCGUUGAACAGCGCGGAAGUGAUAGAAAGCAAGGCGACCAACGGUACACAAAGAAACAAGUUACUGAUAAAAUAAGGUGUAAUUAGUAGAAUGGAACAAAACGUUACUUUUUAUAUGUGUGCGUGUGUGAAUGUGUGGAAGGAUAUGUGAGGAUAUGAAGAUGUAACCGGCAUCUUCUUAUCCUUUGUGGCGUUGCGACAUACGGGCGGAUGUGCAAAGAGCAAAACCUGGUCAAUUCCAGAUGUAAGCGUUACAACAAAGCAGAAGAAAAAUACAAACAAAAAAAUAACACAUAUGAUGUACUAAAGCAUUCUGUGCCAGCAGUUCGGAGUCAGGCAAAACAAUAUGUUUAUGAUAUUUAUUAAACGUUUCCAUUCAGAACCAUGCUCAUAGGAACCUACCAUUGGUACAACACGAUACACCAAGAGAGAGAGAAUAGGAGCAAUGCAGGUCAGCAAGGGAUAUGAAUCUGUGGGAUAUUUCUACAACCAAUUAUUAGCGUUAUCACACCGCUACGAUAUUUCAUGCAAUGUUAGUUAAUACAAAUCAGUUUUAGUGAUUAUGUCCAUUCUCUUCCCCGCUCACAGUAACCUUUUAGCUAUGGCAUCAUACCACGGUGGAUUAUGUUGAUAAUUAUGUGAAAGCAAGUAUCCCGGCAAUAUUUUUUUUCUGUACUCAGAAACCUCGUGGAACAUUAUUAUAUAAAUUAAUUACUACUCAUCCCUUGCCCCAUUGCUGACCACUUAUGUGAAGAAAUAUCCGUAACUUUUUCCCUGUUUUUGUUCGAUGAUUCACAAUUGCAUAUAAUUAUGUAGGCGUUCAGUACAGCAAGCAACCAAAAAAUGGAGAAAAAAAUUAACAUGUCACGAAACGGGAAAAAAAAAAAUAAAACACAAUACAACCAAUUGAAAA